AUGGCGCAGGAUUCUCAUCGGAUUGUUCAAUUAGUCCAAACCCUCGAAGCUGCAAAAUCGAGAGGACGUGCGAAAGGUAAAAAGGGCUUUUCCUGCAAAAAAGCAACGUUCCAAGUUGAAGGCACCCACGGCAUCACCGUUGACUCGUGGCGUUUCAACGACUGGGACUACAAACGAGAUGACCUCCCUACCUAUGCUCGCGGGCUCUUUACCACCAGGAGAUCAGACGGGACGCCAGAAAUUGCGAUUCGUGGAUAUGACAAGUUCUUCAAUGUCGAUGAAGUCCCCGAAACAAAGUGGGUCAACAUCGAGAACGAUACCACUGGGCCCUACGAGCUGAGUGUCAAAGAGAACGGUUGCAUCAUUUUCAUGUCCGGGCUCGAAGACGGCACAUUGCUUGUCUGCAGUAAGCACUCUACAGGUACACGCGACGAUGUCGCCCAGAGUCAUGCCUCUGUUGGGGAGAAAUGGAUCAAGAGGCACGUCGAAAGUGUGGGCAAGACCACACGGCAGUUAGCACAUGCGCUGAGAGAAAUGAAUGCCACCGCGGUCGGCGAACUGUGCGACGAUUCCUUCGAAGAACACGUCCUGGAGUACCCGCCGGAGGCCGCUGGGCUGUAUCUCCACGGCAUCAACAUCAACGUGCCCGAAUUUGUCACUUUGUCCGGUUCAGAGGUUCAUGAAUUUGCCGACACAUGGGGCUUCAGAAAGGCACAGUAUGUGAUGAUUCAAUCUCUUGAUGAGGUCAAAGAAUUUCUCCAGAAAUGCGCCGAGACCGGCUCCUGGGAAGGGCGGGACACGGAAGGGUUCGUGAUCAGGUGCAAGAGGAGAAGCAGGGACUUGUCACUGGCGCCUGACUGGUUCUUCAAGUACAAAUUUGAAGAGCCUUACCUGAUGUACCGGCAAUGGCGUGAGUGUACGAAAGCCAUCAUCUCCGGAAAACCGCCCAAGUACAAGAAGCACCAGAAGAUUACCGAAGAGUACUUGAAAUACGCACGGCGGCAACUAGCCAGGGACCCGUCGUUGGCCAAAGAGUACAACAAAAACCACGGAAUCAUCAAGAUGCGUGACGGGUUUCUUGCGGAGAUCGGCCAGAAGGGGUCCGACAUCAUUGCCAGAGAACGCGCUGACGGAGAUGGCGCCGAGCAUCCAUCUUCUGUCAGUGACAUUGUCCUUGUUCCCAUCGCCUCGAUCGGAUGUGGCAAGACUACUGUUGCAACUGCACUCGUCAAACUUUUUGACUUUGGUCAUAUCCAGAACGACAAUAUCCAGGGACAAAGAGGUCGACCAGCCCGGUUCGCCGCCGGUGUAGUCAAUGCCAUGGUGAGCCAUAAAGUGGUGAUUGCUGACCGAAACAACCAUCAACGCCGGGAGCGACAGCAGAUUAUGGACGACGUCAGCAAAGUGGUCCCGAAUGCAAGAUUUGUAGCAUUGCACUACGUCCAUGAGCCAAAGGAGCGGAUGCUCGAGGAUAUUCGCAGAGUCACCCGCCAACGUGUGCUUGACCGUGGCGAUAACCAUCAAACUAUUCGAGCGGGAAGCAAAAGUUCGCAGGAGAUCAUUGGGAUCAUGGAAGGGUUCCUGGAACGCUUCCAGGGCUGCGACAGGAGCGCACCGCCGGAUGCGGACUUUGACGAAGUAAUUGACCUGGAUGUCUGCGCGUCCUCUCUCGAAAAUCUGGAGACCGUCAUCACCCAUCUUUACAAUGCCUAUCCCGGACUCCUCCCGGAAGAAAUGCCGAGUGACGAGGACAUGCAAUCCGCGAUUGAGUAUGCAUUGGGCGAAGAAGUUACGACCAAGCAUGACCUCUCAUUCGGCAAACCCACGAAUGGGGAGAAGCCUCACAAGCAGAAAACCACCGUACCAAGUCAGCUCGAGGAAAAGGCGCUGACGUUAGACCAAGUGACAAGCAAGCUCGAAUAUUUCAGCAUCUCAAUGCCGACAAGGAACAUUGAAUCCAUUCUGGCCUCCAUGUUCGAACAUGCUCCGGCCGAAGAGGCCCGGAUGUACCGCAUGUUGAAGCAGUCGCGGCGCCUUCAGAACGAAUUCCAUGUGACGCUGAUACAUCGGGCAUCGGCCACCCAAGAUCCCAAAUUGUGGGAGAUGUAUAGGGAGGAAUACCGCAAAGCCAUGGCUGGAAAGAACCUCACGAAUAAGAAUGAGUUGGCGCCCACUCUUGGGCAAGCACGAGUCAAGCUGGAGAGAGUUGUCUGGGAUGACCGGAUCAUGGCGUUUGUUGUCCGUAUUUAUCCUGGUGCCGAGGGACCUUCGUGGCGGAGUGCCAACGCGAUCACCCAUAUCACAGUGGGAACAGCUGGGCCAGAUAUCAAGCCAAAGGAGAGCAACGAUCUGCUGGCACAGUGGGAGUCGGGCGAGACCAAAGGGAGAUUGAUCCACGAUAAGGAAGUGCCAGGAGGAGUCAUCUUGGAUGGGGAUGUCAAGGCUGUGUUCCAACGCAACUUUCCGCAUGGAAAGUAG